GCUGCAAACCUUGAACGGUGGCGCUGGCGGCGGCGGCGGCGGGAUACGAGUGGCCGUCGGGUCGGCGUUGGAUCACGGUGUGUGGGACAGCGACGGUGUGUGGCGGCCGGCGGAUCCCGUACACGAGGUGUACGUCCCGCAGCACUUGCAGCGGAUAGGUCCUGACGAUCUCGUCAAGGUUCGGGAGCUGGGUCGUGGCUGUUUUGGCAGUGUGUGGCUGGCCAAGUGGCGGGGGGUGGAGGUUGCGCUGAAGGAGCUUAUCAACCAAAGUGCUUUGGAUGGACCUGCGAAUGAGGUGUUCUACGAGGCGGAGCGUUUGGCCUCUCUUAGGCACCCUUGCGUCAUCGCCUUUUACGGCAUUGUAACCGUCCCCGGGUGCUAUGCUACCGUUGUGGAGUACCUGCGGAUGGGCUCUCUGAAGAGCGGACUCACCCGGCUGAGGAAACAGGGGGCGGACAUCAGCCGGCGGCUUCGGGCGGCAAUCGCUUUGCAGGCUGCUCGCGGUAUGGAGUAUCUCCACGGUCAGUACCUGGUGCACUUCGAUCUCAAGUGCGAUAACCUGUUGUGCGACCUGCGAGAUCCGUCGCGACCGGUGGUCAAGAUCGGCGACCUCGGGCUGUCCAAGAAAAAGAAGGAUAGUUUUGUGAGCGGUAACAUGCGAGGAACUCUGCCGUGGAUGGCUCCGGAGCUAUUUCCUGGGGUACGGGAGAAGCAACGUCAGGCGGCUUUGGCGGCGGGUGUACGGGACGAAGGUUGCAGCGACGGCGUGAGUGACCUAGGCACUGGGCCAACGACUACUGUAACCGCCUCAACCGCAAAUACGAACGGAGUCGGUAUGGAUUGCCUGGACGACAGAGUCAACGAAAAGGUGGACGUAUUUUCCUUCGGCAUCGUGUUAUGGGAGAUCUGGCAGCUCGGGGAGCAGCCGUACAGUUCGUACAGUCUGGCCGACAUAUUCGCAGGCGUUAUGACCGGGAGCCUCCGGCCUGGAGUCCCCGGAGACUGCGAUCCGGAUUGGGCGGCACUGAUGCAGGCAUGUUGGCACGACAGUCCCCGAGCCCGCCCCAGCUUUAACGCCAUAGCGGAACGGCUGGAGGAGGUCCUGGAGAGAUUGACGAAACAGGAAGCGGCCGCAGCGGCGGCGGCGGACUGCAUUUGUAUGGGCGCUGCAGCAGCGGCAGUUUGGGACUCCAGGAACAUUACCUGGUUUAUGUUUGCGUGUACUUGA